UGGCAAGUUGUUUGUUACAGUGUAGCACCAGCUGCUUUUUUGCACUCAGUCUGGAGCUACUGCUGCUAGAGUCUUCCUGAACUCAUUCAGCUUCCCUUCUCUGCUUCUCUUUCAAAUCCCCUAUCGCUUUCUUCAUUUUCUGCUCGUUUCUUACUUUCAUCUACUGCUUUAGAAAAAAAUAAAUAAAUCUGCAAUCAAAACAGAAAAGGAUAAAAACAACAUUAUACAUAGAUGAUCUACAAAUGAGAAGAAGAAAAAGAUGGAACUGCAUAUUCUAGAACACAGGCUAAAAGUAGCUAGCAUAGCAAAAGAAAACAUCCAGUUGUUCACCUAUGGAUUAAUGAAACUUGCUUUUUUAUCGUCCAAAACAAGAUGCAAGUUUUUCAGCCUCACAGAAACACCAGAGGAUUAUACCAUUAUUGUGGAUGAAGAAGGCUUUUUAGAACUCCCGUCCUCAGAACACCUGAGUGUAGCAGAUGCAACAUGGUUAGCGCUCAAUGUGGUAUCAGGAGGUGGCAGCUCCUCCAGUUCACAACCAAUUGGAGUGACCAAAAUUGCCAAAUCAGUAAUUGCACCACUGGCGGAUCAGAACAUUUCUGUGUUUAUGUUGUCAACCUAUCAAACAGACUUUAUAUUGGUACGUGAGCGGGAUCUGCCUUUUGUGAUGCACACAUUAGCAGCGGAGUUUACCAUCCUAAGGGUGGUGAAUGGAGAGACUGUAGCUGCUGAUAACCUUGGGGUAACAAAUGGAUUUGUGAAACCCAAGUUAGUUCAAAGGCCUGUUAUUCAUCCGCUCUCCAGUCCCAGCAAUAUGUUUUGUGUUACUAGCCUGGAUCCUUUUACACUUCCUACUGUGACUACACUCCUAAUGGAUGUUAUGUUUUACUCCAAUGGAGUAAAAGACUCGGCGGUUGGCAAUGAGGAAUCAGGACAUAUACGUUUUUUCUCGUUUUCGCUCAUUGAAGGUUACAUCUCAUUAGUAAUGGAUGUACAGACACAGCAAAGGUUCCCUAAUAAUUUGCUCUUUACAAGUGCUUCAGGAGAACUCUGGAAAAUGGUCCGCAUUGGUGGCCAGCCUCUUGGAUUUGAUGAAUGUGGAAUCGUUGCCCAGAUUUCAGAACCUUUAGCAGCUGCUGACAUCCCAGCCUACUAUAUCAGUACUUUUAAGUUUGAUCAUGCAUUGGUGCCCGAAGAAAACAUCAAUGGCGUAAUCAACGCUCUCCAAGUAAGCCAAGCGGAAAAGCAUUAGAGAUCUUUUGGUUGACACCCUUUUUAUUAUCUGCACAGUAUUUCAUGAGAAGCUGACUCUCAAGGUGCCAUGAAGGAUGAGAUAUACUGAAAGUGAGAUGAGCCAGGAGAAAAGCGCCAGCAGAGUUUUUCUUUUCUUUGUUUUUUAACUCACGGUUUCCUUACAUUAGUUUUCAAGUGAUCUGUAACCUUCUUGCUAACUUGGUAUUUAAAAUAAGAAAAAAAUAUAUUGCACAGUUGCAUUAAUAUGCUACAAAGAUGUACUGAAGCCCAGAGUGGCUUAUAAUAAUCUGCAGCAAACAUGGUUUUCAUUCAGAAUUGUCAUUGUGAAAAGCUUUGCGAAAAAAAAUGACUGAACAGCGCACAAUGGUAAACUAAAUUGCACUGUACUAACCAUAUUAAUGGCAUCGGACUUCUAGAAAAUUGUAAUACAAGAAAUAGUUCCACAUAUUUGAAUUGCAUAGAUUUUUUUUCCUUCUUAACCAUUUUUCAUUCUGCAAGAAUCACUUUGCGAGAAA